AUGAUGAAAAAUGCGAAGGUUCCUGGCCUUAACGAUCACCCAUCCACAAGCAGUCAGUCAUCUUUCCCUUCCUUCGCCGGGAGGAACUUAACCGGAUUGCGAUUGAAUGCAGGCCACGAUGGGAAUCGACAAACAAAGCGUCGUAAGUAUGGGCGUCUUGGACGUCGUGAUGGAUCCUCUCAUUUCCGCAGUAUCGUCAACUACUGUCUAAUUGCUAUCGGUGUUGGUAUCUUGGCAUUGCCUAAGGCCAUCGCCCAAGCUGGUUGGAUAAUUGGGGUGCUGUUACUGAUACUAGCUGCUGGGCUUGCUCAAUAUGCAAUGGUUUUGCUGUACAAGAGUAUGCGUAUUACCGCGGCUGAUGGCAUCUCUCCAACCUUCCAGGCUGUUGGUAAGGACGCGUUCGGUGUCGUCGGUAUGGUAUUCGUCUCCUUUGUCGUGUACCUCGAUCUAGUGUUCGUGUGUGCACUAUUGGUUAUUCUGGUGGGAGACGGUAUGGAGACUUUGGUACCUUCGGUGGAUACAUUCUGGUGGAAACUUAUCUUCACCUUGAUUAUGCUUCCCCUCUCGUGGUUGCCUAGCUUGAAGGAAGUAGCGUUCGUCUCUGCCAUUGGAGUAGGAGCUACUAUCGUCACUUGUAUAGCGGUUGUGGGGGCUUCGGCUCGUGAGAUUGCGGAGCCAAUAACAGAGAAGACUCAUAGCGUCUGGCCCCUAUCACUAAUGGAUGCUGUUGUAGCUCUGACCAACUUCUUCUUUGCUUUCACCGUCGCACCCGUUAUCCCAACUCUAGUGGUUGAUAUGAGGAAGCCUGAAGAUUUUCCUAAAAUAAGCGGAAUCGCACUCAUUGUCAUUAGUGUUGUCUUCGCUAUCAUCGGUUUUGCUGGUUAUCUUGGUUUCGGUACGGAUCUUGUUACUUACCCCAACAUCAGCGAGGCGAUAGCCCAUGGCCGAUCCUCUAAUGACUGGUUGUUGAUCAUUGUUGAGGCUGCUAUCGAGGUGGUGUGCUUCAGUCACUUCUUGGUCAUGCUCAAUCCAGUCAGUAUUGCCGUUGAGGAUGUCAUCAAAGUGGUAAGUAAGAAGCAGAGUGUUUCUUGGUGGUUGAAGAUUAUGGCCCGCUCUUUGUUGGUAUUUUUCUGUUUCGCUAUUGCUGUAUUAAUUCCAGCAUUCAGUAAGUUAGUGGACCUUAUCUCUGCCACUCUCUGUGUGUUCCUCCAAUUGAUAUUCCCCGUUGGCUUCUAUUGGGUCCUUACUAAACGUAGCGGCGAGAAAGUCAAGGUGUAUCGCAAUAGGUGGUUUAAGUAUGGCGAAUAUGCUGUAAUGCUAUUCUGCAUUGUACUUGGUGUGUUCAGUGGUGUAAUUGGCACGUGGUCCGUUAUCUCUAGUUGGUAG